AUGCUGGCUCGACGACUCUCUCUUUCUCUCCUUCUUCCAGUCCUCUCACUUGCCUUGCCCGCACCUCCAGGUACAAAACUGUACUAUGUGCGCAAUUCUGCAGGACAGUACCUUUCACCAUAUCAUGUCGAGGCUGGAAGGUCUUCAGCAGUGUUUGUUCAAGGUACAGAAGCUGCGAGUCAAGGCUACUUGAAUGGAACCAGCCAAAUGUUCCAAGUCGACUCAGAUUUACCCUGGAGCAUGCUUUUGGCUCCAGAGCGGUAUUCUGAAUGGGCCGGUGCCUUUCUGGCCGCCGACUCUGCAACACCCGGGUUCUCUAUCGAGGGAAGCCAGCUUAUUUGGAAGAACGACCAAGGACAGCAAGGGUGGCUUGCAUCAACAACAGAUGCGUCCUCCGACCAACCCACGAGAACUACCGGUUCCUCAAUCACAAACACAAACAGCCCCCAAGUUAUCAGUGGAAGUUCUAUAUCAAGGGGUGAUGCGAAACCAACCAGGGUCAAUGCCACCACCACUGUGGAUCCUCGCCUUCCACCUGGUGGCAUCAAAUUAAUAACUCCUGCACCUACUGAUGGCACGACAUAUGUCAAGAUGGGCGAGUUUGCAACAUUUUCAUGGAACUAUACAUCUGUUAAGAUUACCCCGUCCGCAAUCGACAUCGUAGCUUUUUGCAGCAAGAAUCAACAUUCUUACACAAUUGCAGCAAAUCAAAGUGUACAGGAAACUGGGGGCGUAAUUUGGGACACUAGCGUCUACAAAACUGAAGAUACCCCGCUCUUGACGGAGAUUUAUACCCUCCUCGUUUAUGAUGUUGCUAUUGGUCCAUCAAAUUUUCCUGCUGGCCGGUUAGCAGCCCAGCAAGGCUAUAGGUUUGGCAUUUACUCGCCAAUGCCUUAUACUCCGUUAAGCCAAUCCGAUUGUGUGACCUGCCUUGUUAACGGCGCCAUAUCUGGCACUCAACAGCAAGCACUCUUUUUUAUGUUUACCAUGGUCGCAGUGACUAUUUUCUCAUUUAGUUGGUUUGCCAGUGCAUUUGGGUUAUUUGCUUAA